UGCUGCUGGCCGUACACAGUCAGGUUGAUGGAGAUAGGAGGAUAGAGGUAGAGACGUGGUAAAUAUGUACCAAACAACGGAAACAUUUAUUUUUUUAACAUUCUCUGUUUGCUUCUACCGCGCAUUUGACUUUUCUCUACUUUGUUUACGUAACUUUUUCGUAUUUAACGGCCGUUUUGCCGCUUUACGGUUAGAGUCUUGUAUCCCUUGGAAACGCGAAAAACUGUCCUGCGAAGUUUGGAUCAAGUGUUUCACCUUCAGCCGGAAAAUAAACUGGACAUGUACCCGCUAAACUAACGGAACUGACACCGUGGGUCGUACGGGCGUUCGUGGAAGUAUAUCGAACAGUUUUAAUUCACAUUUUUUUCAUUUUAAACCCAGUGUUUAUGGAAACGGGACAGCGCGAGACAAUAGUGGUGUGAAAGAGAGAGCGAGAGAGAGCUCGUGCGGGAGGGGAGGGGAGGGGGGGGAUCGAUGCCUCGCGGGGGCUUUGUUCUGUCCUGUGUGGUGACCUACCGCGAGCCCGCUGCGGAUAUCGACUGACCGGCCGGUGGAUUUAUGAUUGCUUGGUGAUUGAUACACGGACUCGGGGGGCCGUUGGAGCAACCAUGGACGUGACUCUGUCCGAGUUGCUGGCCACUUUCAUGGAGUCGCCGCUGGUGGUGUGGGUGAGGACGCUGGGUCCUCUGGGCUCGUGCGAUGAUGCGGGCUCCGAGGAGCGCGUCAACAUGUUCAUGGAGCUGGUGGACGGCGUCUUCCUGCACAAGAUCAUGACACACAUCGACCCCAGCCCAACCAAUCAGAGGCUAAACAAAAAUGUGAACAAUGACUUGUCUCUUCGCUUAUACAACCUGACCGUUCUCACCAGACACAUCAGGACAUACUACCAGGAGACCUUACAGCAGCUAAUCGUCAUGCCCCUUCCUAACAUUCUCUGCAUCGCCAAGGAUCCCAUAUCAGCUAAGAGCAUGGAACAGCUGAAAAGACUUUUGUUGCUGAUACUAGGCUGUGCUGUCCAGUGUGAGCGUAAGGAGGAGAUGAUAGAGAAGAUCAAGCUGCUGGACAUUGAGACCCAAGCUGCCAUCGUCUCUCACAUCCAGGAGGUGACCCACAACCAGCUGAACGUCCUGGACCUGUCCUGGCUGGAGGACGGGUUGGAGCUGGCACAGGAAGAGCUGGAGCCUCUGUCCCGCAACAUGGCGGCGUCGCUACAGCAACUGAUCGACCAGAGAGACAAAGCCAGUGAGGUGAUUGUGGAUCUGACCCAGGAGAGGGACUACCUGUCCAGUCAACAGCCCCAAGAAUGGUGCAGGAACCUGGACAUUAACAGCCCAGAGCGUGGGCAGAGUUCUGGGGGAGUGGGAGUAAAUAAGGGUGGCUCGGCUGUGACUGGGCUGACCAAAGAGGAGAAGCAGCAUCUGUCCGUGGAGCUCGCCGACACCAAAGCCAAGCUCCGGAGAUACAGACAAGAACUGGAGGAGAAGACAGAGCAGCUGAUGGAUUCAAAACAUGAAGUGGAGCGACUGGAUCAGGAGUUACACAGACAUAAACAAGAGAACCAGUCGCUGUCUUGUGAGGCUCGUUCGGUCCGCGUGUACCGGGACGAGGUGGACUCACUGAGGGAAAGAGCGGCGCGGGUCGACCGACUGGAGACUGAACUGACGAGGUGUAAAGAAAAGCUCAACGAUGUUCACUUCUACAAGACCAGAAUGGAGGAGCUUCGCGAGGACAACCUGACCCUCAUGGAGACAAAGGUGCUGUUGGAGGAGCAGCUCUCCACCUCCAGGGGGCGCUGUGAUAAACUGCACACGCUGGAGAAAGACAACCUUUUACUUCGGGCAAAAACACAUGACCUGGAAAUGGACAGGGACAAUGAACGUCGGCGGUUGGAGGAGCUGGUGGAGGAGAACAUGCUGCUGGAGAUCGGACAGAAACAGAGUAUGAACGAGUCGGCUCAUCUGGGUUGGGAGCUGGAGCAGCUGAGCAAGAACCAUGACAACACUAACACAGAGACUCGUAAGUCGCUGGUCCAUGAGCUCAACGAGUGUGUUUCCAGUCGGGUGUUGAAGCUGGAGAAGGAGAACCGGGAGCUUCAGGCCUCCAUAGAGAGACUGAAAGAGGACAACCACCUCCUGCAAGAGCAGCAGCUCCACACCCAGGAGCUAGACAGGGAGAACCAAGGCCUCAGCAAGAAGAUGGACCGUCUCCAGGGUUUAUUGGACCAGGAGAGACUGACCAAUCAGGACAUGGAGUCCCUGGGAGAGGAACUAUUGAAGGAAAAACAGAUUCUGGGGAGAGAUAUGCAUACUCUGAGGGCAGAGAAAGACAGACAGAUCUCAGAGUUGGAGAGCGAGAAGCAGCACCUCUCUGACGCCGUGGCGUCCCUUCAGGAGCGCGCUCAGUCAAACGACGAGGCGAGGGUCCGUGAGGUGGAAACGGAAAAUCGCCUGCUGCAUCAGAGCAUCACUGACACCAGCUCCCGAUUGGCCAGCUUGGAAACCCAACUCAAACUAUCCAGUGAGGAUGCGGAUAGACUGAGAGAGAGGGCGGGGCGGUGUGAGGAGUAUGAGCGUGAAGCGGCGAGGCUGGAGAGGAGCAGGGACUCCCUGAACAGAGAGGUGGCCUCUCUGCGUGCAUGCAGCGAGCGGUCCGAGGCUCUAGAGAAGCAGAUGUCCUCCCUGGAGCAGGAGGUGCACAGGCUGAAGCGGGAGGCGGAGGAGGCCCAGCGGGAGCAGCAGCGACUGGUGAGGCACGAGGCGGAGAACAGUUUGCUGUCCAAGGAGAACCUGGACCUGCGCUGCUCCCUGGAAAACCUGCGCUCCUCAUCCGCCCGCCUGGCCACCCUCCAGGAGGAGCAUAAAGAGGCACAAAGAGAGAUGCAGGAUGUGCAGAGGAGGCUGGAGGAGGCCCGAGAGGAGGCCCAAGGAGAAAGGAAGAGGACAGAGAGGCUCGAGCUGAAUGUGGCAGCCCUGAACCAGGAGAAGCAUCGCUUAGCGGAGGAAGUAGAGAGGAGCAGAGAGGAGAGGGAAGACGAGGAGAGCCAGAGGCAGGACACCCAGGCCCGUGAAGAGGAACUGAGAAGGGAAGUAGAAGAGAUGAAGGAGGAGCGGAGAAGGAGGGAGGAAGUUGAAGAGGAGAGGAGGAAGCUCCAACUGGACUUGGAGCAGUCGGAGAAGGGCAGAAAGCACCUGGAGAAGGAGAGCUGGAAGAUCCGAACACUGCUGGAGGGGAAAGAGACAGAGCUGGAGGAGAAUGCCAAGCGAUUGGCCACUGUGAAGAAGGAGGGUGCGAUUCUGGGUAAGGAAGUGGAUAGGCUGAAGGAGGUGUCAGUCAAAGCCAAGGAGUCGGAGAGGGAGAACAAGGAGCUGCAGAAACAGGCAACUAUUGACAAGAGGACUCUGGCCACUCUGAGAGAGGAGUUGGUGUCGGAGAAGCUGAGCGUUCAGCAGCAGAGUGUUGAGUUAGAGAGACUCAAUCAAGAACUGGAGAAGAUCGGACUGAACAGAGAAAAGCUACUACAGCAAGAGCACACACAGGAGGACAGCAGGUACAGGCUGCUGGAGUCUCGGCUCGAGGAAACUGUCCAACAGACGAUGAAAGUGAAAGAGGAGAAAAUCUCUUGUCUAGAAAGGAAAUUGGAAGAGAGCAACAUGCUCAACACUACACUACGUGCUAAGCUAACCACCGGGGAAGAAAACCAUAACUAUCAGCAGUGCUCGGGAGGCGACCGGGGUCAAGGGUCAGCCACUGCCGAACUGCUCCGAAUCAAAGAUCAUCUCAUUGAUGUCGAGAAGAAUAGUGCCUCCCUGCAGAUGGAGAGCAGUCUACUGAAAGGGCAGCUCAAACAGCUGGAGAACCAGAACACGUCUCUUAACAACCAGAUGUUGGGGCUGCAGCGACACACCACCACCCUGCAGGAGCAGAAUUCUGCCUUACAUACACAGACUGCAAAGCUCCAGGUGGAGAACUCCACGCUCUCCUCCCAGAGUGCAUCUCUCAUGGCCCAAAAUGCCGUGCUGCAGGGCCAAGUCACCGCCUUGGAGUCGGAGGUGGAGACGUGGCAGAGGCAGCGUGAGGAGGCGUGGCGAGCCAGAGAGAGCGUGCUCAGCGACCACGAGCGCCUGCUGAGCGUUCACGAGAGGCAAGCGCACGAGUACGAGCAGCUCAUCAGUCAGCACGCUGCGCUGAAGGGCAAACAGAGGGCGCUGGAGGGCGAGCACCGGACGCUGCACAGCAAGUGUUGUACUUUGCUGCAGCAGAAGGAGAAAUGGGAGGAGCAGGAGAGGCAUGGUCGGAAAGAGAAGGAGGAACUGAACCAGGAGAUCCAAAAGAGUCGUCUUCAAGACCAAGAGAAUCUACAGCUCAAAACAGAAGUGGACAGAUUAACAGAGAAACAAUCGCAGCAGUCAGAGCAAUGUGAAGGGCUGCAGCAGCGCAUGAAUGACCUCAAGAGCUCACUAAGCUCCGCCCAGCGGGAAGAGAGCCGGUGGAUGGCGCGAUACGAUACGCUAAUGGAGCAACACCAGGGCCUGGAUCUAACCAUGACCAAACUAGACAACCACUGUGAGCUGUUGAGCCGACUGAAAGGGAACCUGGAAGAGGAGAACCACCACCUCCUAAGUCAGAUCAACCUGCUGAGUCAGCAGAACCACACUCUACUAGAGAGGAGCAUGGAGAGCAAAGAACUGUGUCACCAGGAGCAGAAACAAUACAUUGAUAAGCUGAACGCUCUCCGUCGCCAGAAAGAGAAACUAGAGGAGAAGAUCAUGGACCAGUACAAGUUCUACGAACCCACACCGAAGAAGAGGAGUCAGUGGUCCGGAGCCAAAGCGUUGGCCAAACUGAUUAAACCCCGGAAGGAGAGCAGCAGGGAGAGAGGGGCCGACCGAGACAAGGAGGGAGGCAAAGAGAGAGAGAGAGCAAAGAGCGCCCCAGACAUCCCACUGCCUUCCCCGCCUCCCCUCCUCCCCCCCGAAACCCCACCCCCUCUACCCCAUCGCACAGGGAGUGACACGCUGGACAGCGGCCAUGCCCACAGUAACCAUAACAAGCACACCAGCAGCACCAGCCUGGGACCCCAGAGUCCAGCGCUGACGCCCAUCGGCCGAGGUUUGAUGGACAGGGGCCGCGGCGUUUACCGUAGCAGUACUCCAGGAGGCAGCAGUGAGAGUGUCAAUGGAGAGGAUGGACUUGGACAAGGUCAGACCCAUAGAGCUCUGAGCUCGACUCCCAGCCAUCAGUCCCCCGCAUUGGGCCUCACUAGCUGCUCCAGACCGGGACAAGGUGUCGGCCGCAGGCCCAGAGGUCUAUUAUUUGAUGAAGACUCCCGCCACAACUCCUCUGACUCCAUGUUUGUUCAACAUGGCAACACGGGAGGUCGUCCGGGGUCGGCAGACUUCAGCCACAACACCUCCAGCUCCAACUCGCCUGUCAAUGGCAGAGACUCAUCGGAUCGUCAGGUUCGCUCAGCCAGCCUCUCUAGUGACGAUGUCAUGGGUCUAAGCCAAUCACAACAGACCCUGUCACGUAGCUCCACCCUUCCAUAUGACCAAGCGCCCCAGAGAGCCCAACCGCAGCGCGGAGGCGGGGUUAGGUCUAAGACCCGUCCGGGGUCUCCUGGAAGUGAGAUGGUGACGCUGGAAGAGUUUCUACAAGAGACCAACCAAAAGUCCCCUCCUAUGGUGUCAACAGGAAGCAGGGAGGACUUAAUGACGGACUAUUUCACCAGAAGUCCCGCCCCCUCGGCUCCCACUACCAGAGAUCAGGUGACCCCCACCAGCUACGUCACGCCCACUUUGCAGUCGUCCAACCAGAGGCCGGGCCAGAGUGUCAAACCCUCUCCCCGGCAACCUGUAGGCCAAUCCCCUGCCUCAGGCCAGCCCGUCGCCCAGAGAAGCAGCCAAUCACUGAGCAGAGCUUUCAGCCUGGCCUCUGCUGAUUUGCUGCACUCCAACGGACCAGACAGUUUCCGUGGAGCUAAAGGCCAAUCAGAUGUGGUUGUUCGGAGACAAGGGGGAGGGGCUAGUGGGAGAGAACGGCCGCUCUCCGCUCGGCUGGCCGGCCCGACCAAUCAGCACGGAGACGGCAGCUUCCUGAAUCCACCUAUUCACCAUUCGUCCUCUCUCAACCUGCAAACGGAGAGACACACGGAGAGAGAAAGAGAGCGAGGGAGGACCCCCGUCUCUCGGAACGGCCCCACCUCGUCCUCCUCCUACCACAACCGCGGAGAGGUCGCCAUGGUAACCCCCGUAAGGGCCGUGCCUGCCACGCAGCCCGACGAGGCCAUAGAGCACAGGGAGGUGUUAAGGGAGGGCCAGUCGGACGACGCCUCCCCCUUAAAGAAAGAAAGCGAGAGCUGUGACUCCGUCGAACGCCCGAAGAGCACGCCUGCUUCCCCUGACCCCAACAACGACCCUCAGACUGUGUGGUAUGAGUACGGCUGUGUCUAAACACUGACACUAAUGGACACCUAUGGGUGUGACUGUGUCUAAAGACAGAAACCCAAAUACUCCAACUACUGUCUGCUGGGGCUGAAUCCAAACCCUCAGUCACAAGCAAUCAGCCUCUGGACUGAGCUCUUUGUAUUGUGGAUACAUGUUAUUCUGAGCGUUGCUCAGAUACAAAAUCAACUGGGAAUAAGUCUAAAUCGUGGAAAGCAAAAGCCAAAUGUAAACCCAUCUCUACACAAAGAAGUCGUGACUUCUGUUUGUAUUUUUUGAAACAAACGUUUGUAGUUUAACAAGAAGAGCUGAUUCCGUAUGCCCCCUAGCGGAUUAACACAGUAAGGAAGCUUCCUGAAUCAAAGGAGCUGCUAAGGAUUUCAGCCGCACCAAGACAAUCAUGUCCUCACCUCAACUACUGAAGAUGCAAUGUCACCAUUUUUCAUCAAAAGCUCAAUCACUGACGUUCUUUUGACAUGAUCACCGCAACACAUAGAUGGUCUCUGAGAAUGCUGAAAUUCACUGGCCUCUGCCGUUUUACUAUCGCCCAGUUCACCGAAGACCACAGGGUGUUUGUAAAUGUUUUCACAUCCAGAAAUGGAGAUGUCUGAAGUCUGAGAAUCCACAACACUGAAAGCCCUACAUGCAGAGCUGAGGACCAGAACACUAAGAACGGUCUUGGUCUAUGAGCUGGAACUCUUUUGACCGCUGACUGACACACUGUCUGGUACUGCUAAUAUUUACCUGGAGGCCGCCAGUUCUACGGAACUGCACGCUGCAAAUUAGCCAUCACCGAAGGGAGUGGUUGGACUAAAGUGAAGGUCACCAGAAGCACCAGAAGCACCAGAGCGACUGAAUGUAUCAGAUUUCCCCUCCUCUUUUCUGUCCUGCUCCUCUCCACUAUUAUCUCGAACAAACGCAGGGAAAAGAGGAGUGAGAGAGGAGGAUGGACUCUGAGGGAUUCAAGCAAAGGGACAGAUAUAGAGAGUGACGGGAGGACAGAGGUGGAGGCGCUCCUCACAGUUAAAUUACAGUCCUUCACCCUCCAUCUUUAGAUUCUGUCCCAGCAUGCAUCACUCUUAACACUUUACUGGAAAUGUUGCACAGCCUGGGCUACCUACACAAACACACACACACACAUAUAAUGAUAUACACAGAGGUUGUGGCUUCGCUAACCAAUGAGCUGGACUUAAUUCACACACACACACACACACACACCACUGGGUAAACCACUAUGUCUUGGUAUUGUGCACGCUAAGUUAGACAGUAGUGAAUCUGCACAGCAGAGAGAGAGAGAGAGAUUCAGACCUACUGUGAUCUAGAUAGUUAGAGGUUUGCAUGUGAUGAAUAGAGUUUUUAUAAUAACUAAGAGCACCUCAUUUACACUGUCACACACCUUUGGUAUUCCUCCACCUGUACCUUAUGUUGUGUCUGUCACCAACUAGAGACAACAGUUUUUUUAUUUGCUGUCUUUUGAAUUAAAAGUGUCUGACUUUAGGCUGAGCUAUCGGGAAAGAGUCGCUCGCUGGAGGAGAAGUCGUGGUGGAAUCCUGUGAGGUGUCACCAAAAGACGACAGUGAAACGUGUCUUGUGAUGGAGAACAGAAAGAGGAGCUCAGUGUUAUCUGAAAGAGCUUCGACAACGUGGAUAAGAUCUUUACAUCUGAUUAUUAUGAGCUGUGGUAUGGGGAAGGAGACAGAGAGAGAGAGCUAACAGUCAAAGGAGGGUGAAGCAGUCGCUACAAGUGCAGCUCGGGAGACUUGUGGUGCUCCUGUGACCACAGGGGAAGGACGCUACAGCCAAACCUCUCCUUGUGUGUGUUAGUGGGAUUUGGAUAACAAAACAAGAAGGGUUCAAGCAAAAGGUUAAGAAAACAAUCUUUGUGUCUCCUUAGGGUUAUUUACUACUUACAGUACGGACUCAGUGGCCGAAACAAGCGCUGAGUGGACGGGCAGCUGCUUCCAGCGCUCUGCAGCCAUCUUUCCCACUAGACACUUUGAAAUGACAACAUGGGAGAAUAGGGUCCAGGUUGAAGAAUACCAAAGUUACCCGAAACUGAAAAGUGUCUUAAUCACGUACACAGAUGUACACGUUAGAAACUCACACUGUUCUGGGAGAUGAGCACAACACGUCAACCUUCUCCUCACUGCUAGAGAGAUGACUGUUUGGGGGGGUGUUAUGAAUACUCUGUGUUUCCUUUUAAGCCCGGUAAACAAAGAGAGGAGGAGGAUGGAGAAGUGGGGGAAAUACAUCUGACUAUGCCUUGGAGACAGAUGAUGAUGUCAAUGGAAAAACAAAGCAUCUUAUGCUAAUUAUCUGACCUUUUGUCUGUACUGCUGUUUGUAAAUACGAAGCUGUCCCUCUUGCAUUGGUGGCGACUGACUGCAAAGACUUUCCUCAGAGCACUAGGGUGAUGAAGAGGAGGAGGAGGAGGAGGAUGUAACACUGGAGAUGGUGAAUGUUUGGCUGGAAUCCAUCACUAACCUCACAUGAUGGAACAAACGGCACACGUCAAUAUGCAACAAGCUAAAUUAUUUUACCUGUAACAUUUGUACAUGACAUUAGAUCUUUUAUAAACGGGGCCAAUAUUCCGAGACUUUUUGGAAACUUUUUUUUGUGUAAAAUACUGAAAAUGUUUGUUGAUACCAAAAAAGAAACAAUAUCAGAACAAUUCCUGUUCCUGGUAAAAGUCACACGGUUCCAAGAGUUGUAGAUAACUUUUAAAUGGUAAAAAGGUUCUCGUAGGGACAUGGUGUGAUACACUGUAGGACGGUGCUGUCAGUAGUAGGGUGGUGCUCUCAGUAGAAGGGUGGUGCUGUCAGUAGUAGGGUGGUGCUCUCAGUAGUAGGGUGGUGCUCUCAGUAGAAGGGUGGUGCUCUCAGUAGUAGGGUGGUGCUCUCAGUAGAAGGGUGAUGCUCUCAGUAGAAGGGUGGUGCUGUCAGUAGUAGGGUGGUGCUCUCAGUAGAAGGGUGGUGUUGUCAGUAGUAGGGUGGUGCUCUCAGUAGUAGGGUGGUGCUCUCAGUAGAAGGGUGGUGUUGUCAGUAGUAGGGUGGUGCUCUCAGUAGUAGGGUGGUGCUCUCAGUAGAAGGGUGGUGCUCUCAGUAGUAGGGUGGUGCUCUCAGUAGUAGUGUGGUGCUCUCAGUAGUAGUGUGGUGCUCUCAGUAGAAGGGUGGUGCUGUCAGCAGUAGGGUGGUGCUGUCGGUAGGGCUGUGACCGGUCUAGUCACCUGGUUGUACUUUGGGGGGUGCUGCCUUUAUUACAUCUGCACUCAAAUCAAUCCUGAAGAUUGUCAUAGAAACACAACGGUGACGGAGCAUACUGAUGGUAUGCUCCGUCAAGUAUUACCAACUGUCUGUGGCCAUUUCCCUAAAUAAACAAAAAUGCUGUAUUAUAGUUUUCUACAUUGUAUACACAAAAUAAUAUAACUAUGCACCACUCCAGACUGAAAUUGUAAGGAUUGCCACCACUUUAGGGGCUCUCUAUGUUAUUGGUUAUCACAUCCUGUGUGUGUGUGUGUGUGCGUGUGUCGAUAGAAUUACAUUGAAUUCCCAAAAGCAAUCGUUCUGUUAUCGAAGCAACAGCAUCACACACACACACACUUGUGCGCAUUACAUGUUAUUUGCUCUGGAAAGUGUGUGUGUGUGUGUGCGUGUGUGUGUGUGUGUGUUGUCUGCCCGCUCGUCCCCUCGCUCCUAUUGGUCAGCUUUACCUGCUGAGCAACAGUACUAAAGAUCCUCGGCGGAGGUCCUCGCUCAGAGGCUGACGUCCUUUCUAAACGUGUCCAGAGGAACACAAACGGACUGCAGCACGCUGCAGGACGCACGGGAAGAGGAAGCUGAGCCGACGUCACGGACGCUGGAAUGACUGCAUGUUGCUGACUGCUCUGCUGUGAUGUGACUAUGGUUUGAACAAAAAGAAAAGGCUACUAGUGUGAGUCAGUAGAAACUGAGGUUGAAGCUUUUUGGUAAUAAAAAUUUACAAACUGAUUCUC